AUGUUAUAAAUCGAAGUUAUUUGCUUUGGAUUAGCAAUUGAAGUAGAACGUUUAUAAUCUGAAAUCAUACAAUUAAAUCAAGAUAUUGAUCAAACUAUUCUUCAUAAUAAUGACUUAUAGACUUUCAUCAAUCAAUAAUCUACGCAAAUCAAAUUACUCAAUACUAAAUUAGACAACUAAGAUAACGAGUAAUCUAUCCUUUUAAAUCAAUACAAAUCUUUAUAAUAAGAGCAUCUUCAUGUCAUUGACCUAAUUAAUUAAAUUACAGCUGGUCAAUUAACUUUAGAAUAGUUGAAAGAAUUCAUUGAUGAGCUCAAAAACAGAUCCAUUUUAUAUGAUGAAAUUUAAGAUUUACUUUAAGGUCUUAACCUUUAAGAAGUGAUCUCUAAGGCUGAAUAAUUUAAUUUGUAAUAAGAUAUUAAUUAAGAGUUAAAAGAUUAAUUAGAAUAGUAUCCUCAAAUUGUAAUCAAACUCAAUCAAGAUUUAGAUAAGCAUAAAUAAGAUUUGAAUAAUAAUAAGUAAUGCAUUAUCAAUUUAGAAUCAAUUAUUCAAAAUCUAAAUCAAGAAAUACAAUAACUCAAAUCACUUGUAGAAUAAGAAUAAAAUAAAAACUCUUUUAAUCAAUCCUAAAUUUGUAUCUCUUUAGAAACUGAAAUAAAUUAACUCAAAUCUAAACUAUCACAAAUUGAAUAAUAAAAAGAGGAGUUGGAAGAUGAAGUAGAAUAAGUCCAUUUUUUUAAAGCUUAAAUGGAAUCUCAACUUUAAGAAAUUCUUAAAGAAAAUAGUAAAAUCUUGAUUGACAAAGAUAAGUUAACAUAAGAACAUUUAGAUCUUCUUAAUGCUCUCAAAGACGAAUUAAAUCAAUAAUUAAAUUAUCAUACCAACAUAAAUCAUGAUUUAAAUUAAAAGAUCUUUUUAUUGGAAAAUCAACUUAAACUAUUUCAUGGAGAAUAAAAUGACCUUAAAAUCGAAAUUAUUAGUUUAGAAGCUGAAAUCUCAUCUUAACAUGAAAGAAUUCAAAUGUAAGAUAAUGAAAUAUAAGAUUUAAAUUUCAUAAAUUAAGAAUUAAAAAUAAAUCAUGAAAAAUAAAUAAAUAAAUUUUAGGAUCUUUUAGAUUCAUAAACUAAUGAGAAUAAUAACCUUAAAUAAAUUUAAAUUAAAUUUUAAAAUGAAAUAUCAGAACUAUCCAAUCAAAUUAAAAAUUAUCAACUUUAAAUCUCAAUUUAAGUUGAAGAAAUAAAUUAACUAAGACUUACACAUGAAUAAUUUUAAGGAUAAUAAGAUUCUUAAAAUACAUAAUCUAUUAAUUUAUAAAACUAAAUUUUAUAGUUAAAAAAAGAUAUUCAAAAUAAUAUCCAUCAGAUUGAAGAAUAAGAGGAUAAUCUAUAAACUUAAAAAUAAAUAUUUAUAAAUGAAAAAUAAGAACUAUAAAUACAUUAUCAAUAAAUUAUUGAAAAACUACAAAUUGAGAAUAAUUCUUUAUAGGAUUAAAUUGAUUAAGAAUUACAAAGUUUAGAAGAAUAAGGUAAUUAAAUACUAUAACUUUCUUCUGAAAAUUAAGAACUACAAUAGAUUUUAGAUUAAAAAGAGCAAGAAACUGAUAAAUUGAAUCUAUAUGUAAAGAAAUAGUAGGAAGUUCAUGAAAGUAACAUUAAGAAAAUUGAAGAAUUAGAAGAAGUGAAUAGAGAACUAUUAUUUAAAUAGAAUUCUUUUUAGAAGACUAUUAAAGAAACAUAGUCUUAAAUAGAAGUCUUAAAAGUGGAAGUCAUUGAAAAAAAUAAAUUAUAAUAAAAAAUUUAAUCUUUGGAAUAAGAUUUAAACAAAUUAAAAUUAAUUAAUGAAGAAUUAAACGAAUAAAUUGUUUAAACAAAAAUUGAGAUUAACAAUUAUUAAACUUAAAUAAAUAAUUUAACAUUUGAAAUUUAAAAUACUACAAUAGAAUUAAAAAGUUCUUAUUAAGAAUAAAAUUCGAUUGAAAAUUAAAUGAAGGAGAUGUUUACAAAAAUAGAAUAGCAAGAGAUCAUAAUUAAUUAGCAAUAAAAAUUAAUUAAAGAGGAAGAGUUUAGAGUUUAGUAAUUAUUGGAUGAAUUAAUAAAACUUAAUGAAAGAAUUAAAGAUUACAAUAAAAAAUUUGAAGAAUAAGAAAUUUUUAUCAAAUAAUUGUAAAUAGAAUUAAAUGAAUCAAGUAAUGAAAUAAAGAAACUUGAAGAGGAAAUCUAUAUUAAAUAACAAGAAUAUGAUGAAUUAGAUAAUGAAUUUAAUGAAGCUUGGAAUGAACUGAAUGCAUUUAAAAAUGAUCGAUCAAAAUAAUAAGCUGAGUAAAGGUUGGAAGAAUUACAGACAAUAAUUGCAAAUACAAAAUAAUAAUGUAUCAAGUUACUCGAAGCUUUAGAAGAGAGUAAGUCGUAAUUGAUAGAUAAAGAUAACUAAAUUAAUUAAAAGCUUUAACUUAUAGAUAAAUUUAAUAUUAAAAUCAUGAAUUAAACAAGUGAAAUACGUUAAUUAAAACAAGAAAUUUCCAAUAAUCAGGUAAUAAUAGAAAAUUACACUGAGAAAAAUAUAAAGCAGGAAUAAUAUAUAUAAGAACUUUAAAAAUCUUUAGAAAGUGAAAAAUCUACUUAAUAAUCUAAAGUAAAAGAUAAUACAGAAAGUUAAAGGAUAUUAGAUUUAUAAUAAUUAAACAUCAAUUUGAGCAAAGUUAUAGAUGAAAAAGUAUAGAAAUUGGAACAAUACGAAAAAGAUAUUAUAAUACUUACAGGAAAAUUAAGAGAAUCAGAAAUUUAUAUAAGAAGCAUAGAAUUAUAGUUUAGUGAAUUAAGAGUAAAAUAUGAGUAAUAAAUAUAAUCUUAAUCAGUGAAUUAAAUAUAAUCUUUCAAUACAAAUUAUACAUCAGAAGGAAAUAAGGAUGAAAUUUAAUAGAAGUAUUUACAACUUUAAUAGAUGUUUAGUUAAUUAUAAAGGGAUUAUUAAUAAUUAUUAUUAAACAAUUAAAGUAAACUUGAAGAAUAUGAAAAUUAAAUAGCAUUGUUAUCUCUUGAAAUUUCUAGAUAUAGAAAUUCAUCAAAGAAAGGGACACCUUUGCUUUAAAAAGAAAGUUCAUCCAGUGUUAGAACUAGUAGAUUCAACCUUGGAGAGUUAUCAAGUCCUUAUCGUGAAGAAUUAAAAACUGAGUAAUCAAACUCUAGUUAAAUAUUUAUUUAGCCAUAAAAUAAUACUAAAGUUGAAGAAUAAUUUGGAAUAAUGGUAUUAUUAUUUGCUGAAAUUGAAGCUUUGAGAAUGCAAGAUAGUAAUAAAUAAAUAGUUUCAGAUGAUUAGAAUAAAGUCUCAUGUUUAAUGGACUAUUACAGAACAAAAAAAGCAUCAUGAU